CUGUCUGGAACUGCUUAGUCUCAGGCAGGAGAUACAGAGCUGUUUAUAGCCAGAGAUUUGCACUGUGCUGAUAUAUAGGUAUUUGUGCAUGGUUAUGUUCACAUGCUCUCUGUAUGUGUCCUUGUAAAUACCAGAGUGCUUGUAACCUUCUCAAGUACACUGCCAGUGCAAACAGCAGGGGAUGAUUUUGCAGAGGAAUAACCACUGAGUUGCUAAGUUAAGAACAUGGCUACAAUUGUGGGUUUGAGAUGUGUGGGGUUGUGUGGCUCUCUCUUGGAAAACGGCACUCAGGCAUUAGCAUUCCUGGGAGUGCUGUAAUAGGAGACAGAUGGCAUUUGAGGGCUAGAUUCCUUGUUUAGACCCUGUUUUCCCACGUUGCUUUCUGACUGAUACUUGGCAACGGACAACCAGCGUCCGAGUCACUGCCCAGCCUUGGCCACUGCGAGUUCCUUUCAGCAAGGCGCUGAGCACUCUAACCUCAAUCCAGCAAAGUAUUUAAACAUGUGCCUAACUUUAGGUGCCUGACAAGGCGCUUUGAAGUCAAUGGAACAUCACAGGAGCUUAAAGCCAAGUAUGCACGUACAUGUUUGGCUGGAUCGGGGCCCGAGUGCGCAGCACCUUGUAGGGCUGAGCGCUAAGCCACCUGUCAUUCAGACAAGAGAACCAUUUUCCAGGAGAGUCUCUUCUCCGAGCCCCUGUCCUGGGGUGGAGAGCCUGUGGAUUGGAUGGUGACCAGGUCCCCAGCAAGCCAUUCUGCGCCAUGGUGCCCCGAGCAUUGGAUUCUCUCUUCCAUUGCCUAGCCACUCUCCGCAGUGACUGGGCAGAUGUGCUGCUGCUUAGUGGCCACUGUCCUGCGCUGAUCCAUUGGCAGCCUGGGGAGUCCCCAUCUGCACAGCUAGACGCCUGCGCCAUAGUCAGGGCUUGGGAGACUCUGGGAAGAGGGAAUGUGUCUAGGACAGCUCAGGAGAUACGGUGCCGAUGGGCACUGUGCAGAGCCCUCGGACAGAACACACAGCCCUGGCUCCAGCUUGUUAUCUGCAUGGGACAAAGACAUACCUUGGGCCUUGUCAGGAGGGCAGGCAGGUGGCAGAGAAAUGGAUGGGGAAAGUGUCACAAGGGCCUGGAUCUCCUCCACUGGCAGGGACAGCCAUUGCUUUGGCCCAACAGUCCCCUCCUGGGCCACACUGCAAGUCAGACCCACCCCCAGGGCCACGCAGUGUGCCACGUGACCGGGCUGUGCUGGUGCUGCUGGGCCUGGAGAUCACCCACUCCAUGCCCUACCCAGCAUGGCUGCGUGGGCCUGUCAGCUUUAAGCAGACAGCCCAGCAGUUGUUGGCUAAAGCCUGUUCAGCUCAAGGCAGCCUUGGAUUUAGUUUAGAAACUACCAAUCAGUGGUUUGUGUAAAUGGCUGCCGAAGUCCCCUCUGGCCUUCCCAGGGCAGAACAUCUGUAAAGCCCUGUGGCCCAUGCACAGCUUGGGGCUUUCCCUGGCUCUCUCCCAUGGGGAGGUUGCACAGAAUCAGAGAAUAUCAGAGUGGGAAGGGACCUCAGGAGGCAUCUGGUCCAACCCCAUGCUCAAAGCAGGACCAACCCCAACAAAUCACAUUGCACAUGAAAUGAACAGCUGGCAGGGUUAGCUGUUUACCCUAGCCAAGUCCAGCAGUUCUGCACCGACUCCCCAUGUCCUCCCUGUGAUCGGCCCAGCACCACGGUGAGCCGAGCCCCUGCCUGCCCUGAGGACUUGUGGCAAGUCGAUAUCUGAGUAAGGGCAGCAAGCUCAGGUCCUUUUACCCAGAUCUGGGCUGCACCAAAGCCCUUGUGGUGCUCUCGCUGGAGGCUAACGCCACAUCUACAUCGGUGUCUCUGCCUGUUCUGGUGCAGGGCCCUGUGCUUUGCCAGCUGUCUGGUGCCCCGGCAUUCCUGAGGAUGCCUGCACUCUAUAAAUAGCUCCUCGUAAAUCCCUGACUGCCUUUCCCCGCUCCGGCAGAGCCCCACUGUCCUGUCCUGCUUCUGGGCUGCUUUCCACCUUCCUUUGGUUGCCACAGCAACCGGCUGCGGAGUUGCCAGGCAGAGCUGCAGCCCCGGUGCAGGGCUGUGCGCAGCUGGAGUGCGGCCGAUGCCCUGACUCACACAUGCCGCAGUCACUCCACGGAGCGCUCCCCGCUCCUCCGGCCCGGUCCCUCCCACUUCCUGACUCGCUGGCCCCGGGCGAGAGCGCAGCUCAGCGCAGCGCAGAGCUCCUGCAGCCUCUGGCCAGGCAGGUCGUUGCGCUCCAGGCUCAGAGUUCCUUCCUUGGGCUCGCUGCCUGGAGUGGGGGACACAGCCAUGCCCUUCCUCCGAGACCUCUCCAAGCCCCAGCCCCUGGAAUUCCAUUCAGACAUGCUGCUGGCCAUGCCCCGGCCACGCAGUGGGAACCUGCCACGCCGGCACACCAUGAAGGAGGCCAAAGACAUGAAGAACCGACUGGGGAUAUUUCGACGGCGAAACGAGUCUCCAGGAGCCAACCCGAUCAGCAAGCUGGACAAAGCAAUGAAAUCCCUCAAGCCGACCCCGGAGGAAGCUCUCAGGUGGGGGGAAUCUCUCGAGAAACUGCUGCUGCACAAAUAUGGGCUGGCUGCCUUCCGGGCUUUCCUGCGGACGGAGUUCAGCGAGGAGAACCUGGAGUUCUGGCUUGCGUGCGAGGAGUACAAGAAGAUCAAAUCCCAGUCCAAGAUGGUAUCCAAGGCCAAGAAGAUCUUUGCUGAGUACAUUGCUAUCCAGUCAUGCAAAGAGGUGAACCUGGACUCCUACACACGGGAGCACACCAAAGAGAACCUGCAGACCAUUACCCGGAGCUGCUUCGACCUCGCUCAGAAACGGAUCUAUGGGCUUAUGGAGAAGGACUCUUAUCCUCGCUUCCUCCGCUCGGAGUUGUAUUUAGACAUAAUUAACCAGAAGAAAUCCAGCCCCCCACUGUAGAUCCCAAGGACUCUGUCUGGGGCAGACUGGGAGCUGUAUGUUUACAUGAAUUCGACUGGGGCGGUCUUCCCUGAGCUGGACGAGGGGAGCAUGCCUUUUUGCUGGGAUUCACACCCAUGGAAACCAUAUUUCUGUAGUGAACGGACGCGUGAACAGGCAAAGGCAGAGAGCUAGAGGCCAAGGGGGCUGGAGAGCCGAGCAGUCUGGUACUGUUCCAUUGUACCGUUCCUCAGGAUCUCGCCAUCUCACCGGUACGACGCCCUUUGCCAUGGCUCGGGGGUGAGUUUUAGCCAGGAGGGAAGCUCCCAUGAGACUACUGUGAAGCACUGGCCUGAGCUUUGUCUUUUGUUUUGGGGGGCAAUAAGUUGGUGGGCAGUGAGGCUUUGGGGCAAGGGGAAACCAGCAAGAACCGGCUUCUUGCCUCAACAAGAGACACUGAACUGGACCAAACCCCUUUCCGUGGCGUUGCCGUGCUCCCCUGGUCCUGCAGAACUCACACUUGGCCCUGAUCACGGGCCAGAACGGCACUUCCUUUGUCUGUGUGUGGCCAUGCGCCCCUCAAGCAGCGAGAGCCAGUUCCUCCCCCACGCCCACCUCUUGGUUUAUUUAUUGCCCUCCUGUAGCUGGACACGUUGCUGUGUGAUAGGAACUCCUUGCAUCCUUUCCUUUGUUAAUUUACAAGUGCAAUAUUUCCGCGUGUCUUGGAGUCCCGUGGUGGAAUGGACGCCAUCUCUUCUGAGUGUGUACAACAUUUUCUAACUCGGUGGGUUUGAUUUGAAAAUUCAGUGCUCCUAGCAGCAGGCCGCUGGGAGAGCCUGGGUGUAUAUAUAGUUUCGUGACAACGGAGGGUUUGAUUGUGUAGAUAAACAACUGUGUGAAUCAGACACUCUCCCUGCUCAGAUAACGAUGUCGUGGUCCGGGAAAUGCAGCUUAAUGCCGGAUCUGACGGAGUUGGACAGAAUGCCUUGCGUCUAAGUGCCCAGUUUACAAUGCAAAGCAUCUCUGCAGCUAACAAAAACAUGUUGAGGUCAUGGUUAUAGUGUAAAUAAAAGGA